CGUUCGUUUCCCGGGCUUGCGGCAGAGCCGACAGCUAUAGAAGGCGUAUACCCAGGUCCUGCCAUCAAUCCAUCGGCGUUCUGGACCCGUCGGCAAGUCGCUACAUGGCCUUCCGGAACCCCGGCCAUGUGGCGCCAGCCAGAGCCCCGCCACCCCGCGCCCCGACUGCGCCGCUGCAUCGCCGUAGACCUCAACGUGGUGUUGGGGGAGUUUGAGGACCCCGACGGGGCGGUGGUCUACAUCGAUGCAGCGCAGGGCCUAGAGUGCGGCGGCUGCGGGGACUGGUCUCACCGCCGUCGCCUAGGACUGGCGGCGGCGGCGUAACCCGGCGGCACGUUCGUGUGCCGGCGCUGCCUGCUUGCGUAUGCGGCGCUGGAGGAGCUGGCGGGAAAGGCUGUGGCGGCGGCGGGCAGCGCAGUGGCGGAGUCGUCCGCAGAGACGUAACAGUCGCAUGGUAGGUGGAAGUCAGACGGGGCGGUGGUUUGUGCAGCCGGGGGCGGGGGCGCGCAUGCGGAUUGUGGGCCGGAUGUGACCGGCCAACUGAGGGUGGGGGGAGUGGCCUCCGCAUGCGCCGAGAAGGGGUGCGGAACGGGCGUGCUCGCCGGCCGCGGCCGGCGGGUCAGCACGGUUCUUCCCCCACCCUGAUGUUGGCGUCUCCCCCGGGAGCAAUACAGAUGUGCCUAUUUAAUGUUUGGAAAGGAGGUGUAGGUAGGGAGGUUGAGACACACGGGUGGCGGAUGUGGGACAUGCACGAUCGGAGACAGAGACGGGAGAGAUACACCGGGUUGGGGGCUGAGACGGACUUUAUAUUGCAGUUGUGCGUAUUUCCCAACGCUUCUGGUCUCGGAAUCAUUAAGGCCGGAGAGCGCAGCCCAUUGCGAAGCAAAAUUCAGAUUUUGGACUGUGUCAAAAAUCGGGUUUGGGGGCGCCAAUGGGGCUGCCGAGUUCGGCCCAUGCGCCAGGGUGGGAGCAUGGUCGAGGUGUGGAUAGAGUAAGCGAUGUUGAACCAAUUUCCAGGUUGUUACUUAUCUACGGUCUCACCAGCUCUUUACACGGCGAGCCGAGACAGGUUCAGGGCGGCCACGCGUUGGGCCAGUGUGCCGGCGGAGUAGAAUCGAGUUUGACGUCUUUCGUAGUUUGACUUUCUUCAGGGGUAGCGAUUCAGGCUAAGGGGGCGGUAGGCGCGGCGCUGGCCCGUCUUUCGCUUCCCACCCGCCCACCCUGCGAUAGCCGGGCAUAGACUCGGGUAGGACUGGUGCUGCACCGGGGGGGAGUGGCCUCCGCAUGCGCCGAGAAGGGGUGCGGAACGGGCGUGCUCGCCGGCCGCGGCCGGCGGGUCAGCACGGUUCUUCCCCCGGCCAGAACCACCCCCCGGACCCGGAACCAAUUUGUUCUCCGCCCCCCCUUCCCAGUGCUUCGCAGUUGGACGCGGCAUCGUUUUGCACAUACAGUAUACUUGACACGGACAGGACUGCAUGCUACAUCGUUCGUCCACCUUGGGGAGGAUGGUUUGUGUUAGAGAGCACACAGGUGGAAACACGCAGCACGGGGUUGGGGCUGGUGGGGGGGGGACAAGGAGGUUUGUAGCCAACUAGCUAGUCCUCUCACUGUAAGGAUAGCGCUAC